GCAUAGCCCAAGUUCUCGUUCAUCGUGACAUCCACAGAGCUCGCACGCGCAGCCAUACUGCUCUACUAGGAGCCUGAAGCUAGGAUAUGCUCAACGAAGUCACCUUGGACGAGGAGAACUGAAAUUGUAGCACUUGAGACGCCACUAUGGCUGAAUCCGAUGUUCUUGUGUUAGGCGCGACAGGCUUUACAGGCCGUCUGAUCACCCGAUAUCUCGUAAAUCACCCCGACCGGUCAUCAUUCACCGUCGGAAUUGCUGCACGAUCCAAGUACAAGCUCGAGGAGCUCAAAUGCACCCUCGGGCUCGACGACAGUGUGAAAACAUAUCACGUUGACGUUAUGCAGCGCAGUCAGGUGGAAGAGGCCGUCAAGGGCGCCAAGGUUGUCAUCAGCGCUGUGGGUCCGUACUGGAAACUGGGGUCCGAGGUGGUCAGAGCAUGCGCACUGCAUGGGAGGCACUACGUCGACUUGUGUGGCGAGUCUCAUUUCACACGCAAGAUGAUCAUUCGUUGGGAUUACGUCGCAACAAAGAGCAAGGCGAUCAUCGUGCCUUCAUGCGCACACGACUCUGUCCCUGCUGACCUCCUGGUUUUUCUCUCCAACAAAACAAUGAAGGAAGCAGCAGGACCACACGCAGGAAUCGGCAGGUCCCUAACCGUCUACCGCAUGCUGGGAGGCAUCUCGGGUGGCACGCUCUCGACUAUAUCCAGCACCUUCGACAUCCCCACGAACAUCACUUCCGAAGGAUUUGCAGACUACUCCCUCAGCACCGGCAUUCAGGGCACUCCGAGUCCACGGCCUAGUCUCUGCUAUUCCGUCCCGCACACCUCCCCGUCCGAGUACGCGCUGCCGUACCCUGGUGCACAGCCCGAUCGCGCUAUCGUCCAGCGAACGUGGGGCCUCCACCAGCUGGCCGCAAUGCCGCUCAAAUUCCAGCCACGUGAAGACGCUGCGCUCAGCUACGGCCCAGCUUUGACAUACGAAGAGUGCAUUGUGCUUGACGGCGCGGCGAGCAGGGCGGUCGCACUGUUCACAAGUAUCACAUUCUAUGCGCUCCAGGCGACGUUGUUCCUGCUGCCGCCAGCGCAGUGGUUAUUCAAACGGGUUGUGUCGCUACUGGGAGAGGGCCCAUUGGAGAAAGCGAUGGAGAAGGGCUUCAUCGAGGCGACCAACUAUACGACCUCUGCCCCAGGUACGAGCACGUCUCCGAUCGAGGUCAAGACUGUGAUGCGUGGCCGGGGAGAUCCGGGGUACCUUCUGACUGCCAUCAUGAUCUCGGAGUCGGCACUGGCGCUGCUGCUCGAGCGGCCUGCUCUGCCGCCGCUUGCACAAUGGGGCGGGAUCCUCACCCCCGCGACUGCUUUUGGCGACGUGUUGGUCCGGCGUCUUGAGAACUCUGGGCGAUUCCAGUUCGAGAGCGAGGUGGUCGGCGCGCAUGUCGAUGUCGAGGAGGGGAGGAAGGCACGGUGAGGAGGAAGGCACGGUGAGGAGGAAGGCACGGUGAGGAGGAAGGCUAUGGAGGCUGCAGGUAGAAUGAUUUGCUUGCCAUUUGUGAGUAAUGUGCUGCAUUUAGAUCGCACGACUAUGUCUCCCGCUACAUCCCUAGAUGAUGCAAUACAACUUGUACACUGUCUGAUUACA